UUUUUACUAUACUUAACAAUUAAUGCAUCUAUUGCUCAACCUCCUUCUAUGUUCUUUUCAUUCGCAAUCUCAUUUUCACUCCUCUCAGCUCCUUCUUAUUCCAACACCACUCUGUUUAAGAACAUUAAAUAAAUGAAGAAAAGAAUUGCGAGUUGGCGAUAGCAAAAUCAAGACGUUAAAAUAAAGAAAGGAGCGAAAAUCGGAGGAAAUUAUUAUUGGAAAGUGAAAAUGCGAGUGAAAGAGAUGCACCCGCUGUGCUGUAUCUCCCUGGAGAGUCCCGGAAUCGGCAACCAUUCUCCGGACCGGGAGGCGCCGUCACUUUUCCGAACCAGGAGCCUCCCGGCUGCCGGAUCUCACGGCAAUGCUGCUCAGGGAUCGGAGGUAACCGUCGCCGGCGUUCUAUACAAGUGGACCAAUUACGGCAAAGGCUGGAGAUCCCGAUGGUUCCUCUUGCGAAAUGGCAUUCUCUCUUACGCCAAGAUCCGCUGUCCGGAGAAUCUCAACCUCCUCAUUCCUUCCUACGACGUUCGCCUCAUCGGAGAGAUUUCCACCAACCGCCUCUCACGGAUGGACAGUGCCACCUCCGUCACGCGACGGAAGUAUCGCAAAGCUUCUUCUUCUUCUGGCGUAGUUCAUCUCAAGAUUUCGUCGUUUAGAGAGAGCAAAUCAGAUGAUCGGCGUUUCUAUAUAUUUACAGCAACGAAGACUCUCCAUCUGAGAACUGAUUCGAGGAAAGAUCGCGUGGCGUGGAUGCAAGCCUUAGUGUCAACUCGUGGCUUGUAUCCUCUUCAACCACUCAAUGAUCAUUUCUUACUUGCACACAAUGAUAUAUCCGUGUCCACCGAGCGGCUUAAGACACGCUUGCUUGAAGAGGGUACGGGUGAAAACCUUGUAAAGGAGUGCGAGCAAAUCAUGCUCUCAGAGUUCUCCGAAAUACGAGGACAACUUGAAGUUCUUUGUCAAGAGCGAUCUAAUUUGCUUGAUACAAUAAGGCAGUUGGAGGCAGCUAAUACUGAACCUGAGGCCUCUGCAAUACAUGAUGGUGGAUACCAAUUAACAAAGAAUGAGCUUUCAAGUCUUGGACGUGGAAAAUAUAGUGAAUGUAGUACAACUGAAUCAUCUGAUGAUAUUGAGAAACAAGAGACGGAGGAAGAGUCAGAUGAAGAUGAAAGCUCAUAUUAUGAUACUAGAGAGUGUUUUACAGAGGCUGAUUGCAAGUGUGAGUCAAGAGGAUCUAUGAAUCAACACCCUCAGAUUGGAAGACGAAAAAAGCUUCCAAAUCCUGUUGAGAGAGAGAAGGGUGUUAGUCUUUGGUCAAUGAUCAAGGACAACGUGGGAAAAGAUCUCACAAGAGUUUGUCUUCCAGUAUACUUUAAUGAGCCGAUAUCAUCGCUUCAAAAAUGUUGUGAGGACUUGGAAUACUCUUAUCUUCUGGAUCAAGCUUAUGAGUACGGAAAAUCAGGAAACAGUCUCCUUAGGGCAUUGAAUGUCGCUGCCUUUGCAAUUUCUGGAUAUGGAUCAUCUGAAGGUCGUCAUUGUAAACCCUUUAAUCCUUUAUUAGGAGAAACCUUUGAAGCUGAUUAUCCUGAGAAAGGAAUUCGCUUCUUUUCAGAGAAGGUCAGUCAUCAUCCAACUCUCAUUGCCUGCCAUUGCGAAGGUAGGGGAUGGAAGUUUUGGGCUGACAGCAACAUCCAUUCAAAGUUUUGGGGAACGUCAAUUCAGCUUGAUCCAGUGGGUGUUCUGACCCUAGAGUUCGAUGAUGGUGAAAUAUUUCAGUGGAGCAAGGUCACAACCACAAUCUAUAAUCUUAUCCUUGGGAAAAUAUACUGUGAUCAUCAUGGGAACAUGGAUAUACGUGGUAAUCGUAAAUAUUCCUGCAAACUCAAGUUCAAAGAGCAGACUAUUCUUGACCGAAAUCCUCACCAAGUGCAUGGAUUUGUCGAAGAUGUAAUGGGAAAAAAAAUUGCCACGUUAUUUGGCAAAUGGGACGACCGCAUGUAUUAUGUUAGUGGUGAUGUGAAUGUCAAGCCAAAAGAUUUCACUUCAUCAAACGCAUCCUUGUUGUGGAAAAGGAAUAUGCCACCGCCUAAUCUCACCCGGUAUAAUUUGACACCAUUUGCCAUCACUCUGAAUGAGCUUACUCCGGGACUGAAGGAGAAGCUCCCGCCCACGGAUUCCAGGCUAAGACCAGAUCAGCGGCAUCUAGAGAAUGGGGAAUACGAGAAGGCUAAUUUGGAGAAACAACGGUUGGAAAAACGGCAGAGAAUGUCACGGAAAAUGCAAGAAAAUGGUUGGAAGCCUAGGUGGUUCCGAAGAGAAGGUGAGAAGGAAGCAUUUCGAUACGUUGGUGGGUAUUGGGAAGCAAGAGAGCUUGGACGAUGGGAUGGGUGUCCAAAUAUAUUUGGCAAAUUUAAUGAAGACUCUGGCGAUCCAUUAGGUGCAUCUUAAUUUGGUUCAGAUAAUGACGAUGAAAAAGGCUAAAUCAGCACUGAGUGGGCUUAUCUUAAAUCUUCUUGCAUGGUUACGUGUUUUGACAGAAUGAGAGAGUAGGCUUCCGGAAACUCUGAAAUUGGGACCACCCUUGAGUGGUCCUGGUCGGACAAGCUUUGUGGAUUGCCCUGCAGUUGAUGUCGUAGUAGGUAUAUAUGAACAAUUAACAAGAUGGAAGGGGUACCAAAAAUAACUUUCAGCAAUUGUUUCUCGACGCUGCUUUGUGAAAUGAAAUGACCUA